AUUGCUACAAUCAAUUAACUUCUUUAAUUGACUCAAUCAUCUUCGGUGCGUUUGGAUGAAGAAAUUUAAAAAUACUAAGAAAUUCAUAAAGGAUGAAAUUAAAAUUUAUAAAAAUUAAUGUUGUAGAAUUUGUAAUGUUUAUUGUUGACUAUAAUAAAGUUAAACACGUAAUUUAAUGUUUUGACAAAAAAAAAUAAUACACAUAAUUUAACGUUUAUCGUCUUAUAAUAGUGGUGGUGCCAUCACAUGUGAUAUUUGUGGUGGGAUUGCUAGUGGUAGGGGAAUGGCGACUUAGGGGUGUGGGUGCCCAUACAUAAAAUAAUUGUCAAAAAAAAUAUUUAAUAUAUAUGCAUCUGAUCACCCUUUUUUUUUUUUUUUUUUUUUUUCCGGGGGUAACAACAUGUGAUCACCUUCAUCUCCAUGGUAUGCACGUUGUCUGCCCAAUCUUGCCCGAUUCCCUAAACUUACAUACAGGUUUGUGGUUCCCCUUCCAAAAGAAUUAUUAAUUAAUUUCUGUUCAAAGAUAUGGAAUGAAGUAAAUUCAAUUGUUGGCAAUUAAAUAAUAUUUGAAGUGUAACAUGUGUAUUUGAAUUUAAUCAUCGUGCUUGUGAACACAAAGUGUUGAAUGGUUGAUGAUGAGAUCUGCCCAUUCUUCAAUUCGAUAUGGACUGACACAAGUUAACAAAUGGCCGGCAUUUUUCUCCCUCCAUCAGUUAUAUUAAACCCUUGUUUGAACUUUGCUUACAUGAUCCAUCCCCAAUGGCAGAGCUAAACUCAGUCAAAGUGGUUGAGGUUUGCAAGGUUGCUGCACCACCAAGCUCAUCAGCUUGCUCAGCCACAUCACCACCUGAGGCCCUUCCUCUAACCGUGUUUGAUUUGCUCUGGCUCAGAUUUGCACCCGUCCAACGCCUUUUCUUCUAUCAAAUCUCUUCUAAUUCCUUUGACACCACCACACUCGUUUCAAAACUCAAAGCCUCGCUCUCUAUCGCCCUCCAACAAUUCCUACCACUAGCAGGGAACCUCACAUGGCCCCAAGACUCCCCCAAGCCCAUUCUCACUUAUGUCCAUGGCGACGCCGUUUCACUUACCAUAGCCACAGCCCAAUCUGCCGACCAUUUCGACCAUAUUUCAAGCAACAACCUUGAUGUUGAAAGCAAAGAAUACCACCCUCUUAUACCCCAGUUGGCUUUCUCGCAGGAAAAAGCCGCAGCCAUGGCUUUGCAAGUCACUAUAUUUCCUAACCGCGGAUUCUCUAUUGGCAUUGCAACUCACCAUGCAAUCCUAGACGGCAAGACCUCAACCAUGUUCAUGAAAUCAUGGGCUCACAUUUGCAAACAUGUUGAUGAUGAUCCAUCCAGUUUAAUGUUACCGGAUCAGCUGAAACCAUUUUUUGUCAGAAGGGUCAUCCGAGACCUGGCCGGGCUAGAGGCGGUUUACUCCGACGAAUUUCUAAGUAUGGACGGACGUUCCAACAAUAGAAGCUUGAUGCCUUCUAAAUUUAGAGCUCCAGCUCCAGAUUCGAUUCGAGGCACCUUUGUGUUCACACGCCCAAAGAUCGAAGCACUGAGGCUUUUGGUGAAAGAGAAGAACCAACAACAUGAAUAUCAAUCGGUUCAAAAAUAUUUGUCCACGUUUUGCAUAACAUGUGCCUACACCUGGGUUUGCUUAGUGAAGGCAGAAGAAAUACAAGGCGGAAAAGCAUAUAUGGGGUUUACCGUGGACUGCAGGUCUCGCUUAGAUCCUCCUAUCUCUUCAAAUUACUUUGGGAACUGCUUAGUGAUUCGUUUGGUGGUUGCAGAAACGAAAGCGCUUUUAGGUGAAGAUGGGUUGACCGUGGCGGUCAAAGCAAUUUGUGAGGCUGUGAAAAGCUUGGACGAUGGCGUUUUGAGUGGGGCAGAGAAUUGGAUCAAGCCCUUGUACUCUGUGGGUGGUGAUGAGAAAGUGCUUUCAGUUGCUGGCUCACCCCGCUUUGAGGUUUAUGAAACUGAUUUUGGAUGGGGAAGGCCAAACAAGGUUGAGGUCGUUUCCAUUGAAGGCACAGGAGCCAUGUCAAUGUCUGAAUCUAAGGAUGGUGCUGGUGGUGUGGAUGUUGGCUUGGUUUUGGGAAAAAAUUCCAUGCAAGUUUUUGCUACUCUGUUUGCUGAAGGUCUUGCCAACCUUUGAAAGCUAAAUUGUUGAGCAUUGUUUCCUCAUUUCCACAUUCAAUUUAAUUAGUCGUCUAUCCAA